AAAGGCAUAAGGCUGACUGAGAGCAUGCAACAGCAGAAACAGGACUGAGGAAGGCAAUUUUUUUCUAAUAAGAGCCUAAACAUAAAGAAACAUAAAGGAUCUCUUCUCUACUUUGUGGUCCCGUGGAGCUGACAGCUGCUGAAUUGUCCCAGGAUGAUAAAAAGAGCAGAGACACUCUACCCUUGAUGUGCUCAGGAGACUCAAGGCUUCACCCACUUUCUUCGCUGCAACCAGACUUUCUACCAUGCUGAGUGGAAGUGACGAAGUAUAUGCAAACUGCAUGGUAGUAGACCAAGCUGGAGAGUUAAAGACAAAUGAUGUUCACAGAGAUGGUGCCAGCAGUGAAACGUGUCUGAAUUCCACCAACUCAGCUCUGGUGGCUAAGAGCUCUUCAUCUCCCUCCCUUGAGGGGAAUGACCAAUAUAUAAGGGUUACAAAUGAAGGAAAUCAAAGGCCAGUGAAAAAUGGAGAAAACACAGGUUUAAGACAUACUGCUUCACCUGCUGAUUUGUAUGGAAAAGAUUCAUACCUUCCAUUCAAAGCCCAUGGAUUUAUUAAAGAUCGGGGCCAACUUUAUGCUGACAUGAAAAAAAGAAGUUCAAGUCUUGAUGACCUUGAGAUAGACUGCAGAAGUGGAGGUGUUUCGGACAGAUCCCCCAUUCACUACUCUCCUCUUGGCUCUUCAGAGGCCAUGGCUUGUAGCAGAGAUGGAUUAGACUUACCUACUAGUCUACAGUCCAAGGAAUGCACAGUGUCUGGGGUUCGGUCACGUUCCUAUUCCUGCUCGACGCCCAAAGGUUUAUUGGGAAGACCUCACAUUCCUCGGGACUUUGCAGUUGGGGAUUCAAAUGAAGAGCGAGCGUACAGCCUGCCCGAGCAGUGCCGAGAGAACAGGAUACAGGAGGAGGAAUGGAAUAAAUACAUUGUACCCUCAAAAAACGAGCCUGAAAAAUGCAAAGUGAGUCGGACUUUCAGCUUUCUGAUGAACAGAAUGACCAGCACACGGAAUAAGUGCAAGACAAGAAAUAAAGAUACCAAAGAUAAAGAGAAACUGAACAGGCACAAUUUCAUAAAUGGGGCCUUCUCAGGAGUUAUUCCAUGCAUGGCCUGUGAAAAGGCCCUCCUAGGAAAAGAGUCACUGCAGUGCUCUAACUGCAACGUCAUUGUGCAUAAGAGCUGCAAGGAGUGUGCUCCUGUUUGUGCCAAGAAAUCCCAGGAGAAGUAUCACAGUAAGAAGCCCCAAGCUGGUGUAACAAAUUCCCUGCCUGGAGACAUUUCACAGAUGAUGCUCUCCCCAGUCUAUCUUUCUUCCUCUGUGCCUAUUGGACUGCCUGGUGGAAGGAGGGAAGCCUUGCAACAGUCCCACUUCUUGUCCAAAAGUGUCCCCAGUGCCAGUUUUGAAAGAAGGUCCAUGCCAUUUUCCGAACAAGACUCUGAGACUAGCACUUGGAGAUCCAAGUCACAGUCUGAAGAGAUGUUACAAGCAUUAGGGACCUUUUCUUCAAUGGAUUCUUUUAUGAUGGAAGAUGAUGUGGAUUUGUCUCAGUGGACUGAUCUCCACACAGAUGCACAAGAAUUUGAGGCAGAGUCUUGGAGUCUUGUCGUGGAUCCAGUAUUCUGUAGCAAGCAAGAGAAGGAUGUCGUUAAGAGGCAGGAUGUAAUUUUCGAGCUGAUGCAAACAGAAGUGCAUCACAUCCAUACCCUAUUCAUUAUGUCUGAAAUAUUCAGGAAAGGAAUGAAGGAAGAACUGCAGCUGGACCACAGCACAGUGGACAGAAUAUUCCCCUGUUUGGAUGAACUGCUGGAGAUACACAAGCAAUUCUUUUGCAGAAUGAAGGAGAGACGACAGGAAUCAUGUGAGGCAGGGAAUGAGCGCAAUUUUGUCAUCAACAGAAUUGGAGACAUUCUUGUGCAGCAGUUUUCAGAGGAAAAUGCAACUAAAAUGAAGAAAAUAUAUGGAGAGUUUUGCAGCCAUCAGAAAGAAGCUGUUAAUCUCUUCAAAGAGUUGCAACAAAACAAGAAGUUCCAGAAUUUUAUUAAACUGAGAAGUAGUAACCUGUUGGCACGACGCCGAGGAAUCCCCGAGUGCAUUUUGCUCGUCACCCAGCGAAUCACCAAGUACCCGGUUCUGGUUGAAAGGAUAUUGCAGUACUCAAAAGAAGGAACAGAAGAACAUACAGACUUGUGCAAAUCCCUUCAUCUAAUUAAGGACAUGAUUGCAGCUGUAGAUUUGACAGUGAAUGAAUAUGAAAAAAAGCAAAAGCUGUUGGAAAUUCUUGGUAGAACUGAAAACAAAACAUUUACAAAGAUGAAAAAUGGCCAUAUUUUUAGGAAGCAAGACUUGAUGAGGAAAGAAAGGAUACUUCUUCAUGAAGGUUUAGUAUACUGGAAGACAGCAACUGGUCGUUUCAAAGACACUUUAGCCCUGCUUCUAACUGAUGUACUACUCUUCUUACAAGAAAAGGAUCAAAAAUACAUCUUUGCAGCUGUUGACCAGAAGCCUUCCAUUAUCUCCCUUCAGAGGCUCAUAGUAAGAGAAGUAGCCAACGAAGAAAGGGGGAUGUUUCUGAUCAGCGCUUCAUCUGCAGGGCCUGAGAUGUAUGAGAUUCAUACCAGCUCUAAAGAGGAGCGUAACAGCUGGAUGAGACAUAUUCAAGAUGCAGUGGAAAGUUGUCCAGAGGAAGAAGAAGAAGAAGAAGGAAAAAUGAGUGAGUCUGAUGAGGACAGACGUAUUGCGGAAGCCAAAGCAUCCAGAAUUCAGAAGUGUCAAGAAUCACUGAGUAAUCAGGACCAGCAGAUCUGUAAUUUUUUGGAAGAGAAGUUGCAUAUCUAUGCAGAACUGGGAGAUAUGAGUGGGUUUCAGGAUGUUCAUAUCGAACCUCACCUCCUUGUCAAACCUGAUUCUGGAGAAACACCACAGGCUGCUUCAUUGCUGGCAGCAGCACUCAGGGAAGUUGAAAGUCUCCAUGUUGCUGCAUCACAAGUGAGUGAAGCUGACAGACCACCGGAGGAAGCUACUGAGAAAUUAAGCGUGAAGCACAGAUUUAACACCAAUGAAAUCUUGGAAUGUCUUCCUCAUGAUGCAGAAAUAAAAGAAGAAUCACCUGAAGCUGAUAUCAGUGUUGAGAAGGAAAUGGCAGGUGCCAGCCUAGGGGAUAAGGGAGAAAGCACGAGUUUCCCGGAAUCUACAGGAACAGAGAUUGUGCAAGCAAUCCAGAACUUAACCCGUCUUUUGUACAGCAUACAGGCAACGCUAGCUAUCCAGGACAGCCACAGAGAACUCCAUAAGUUAGUACUUCAAGAGAACGAGAAGACUGGUCGGGGCCACAGUUCUCGGCUAAACUUCUUUCUGGAGCAAGAAAAACACCGUAAUCUGGAAAAACAAAGAGUGGAACUGGGCGACAUACACAAACUGAAGCAGCAGUUUCAGCAGGAGCAGCAGCGGUGGCUGCGUGAAUGUGACCAGCGGCAGCGGGAGCAGGAGGCGAGGGAGGGCCAGCUGGGGCAGCGGGAGCGGGAGUGCGGGUGCCAGGAGGAGCUGCUGGAGAGGAGCCGGCAGGGACUGGCGGUGCAGCUGCAGGAGUACCAGCAGAGCCUGGAGAGGCUGCAAGAGGGCCAGAAAAUGGUGGAGAGAGAACGAGACAGUGUGAAAAUGCAGAAGAAGCUUCUCUGGCACUGGAAGCACGGUCAACAAAACAGCCUGCUGUCAUCCACAGGGAGCCAUGAGUGUAAAAGCAAUGCCGGUGAUCAUCCCUUGCAAGACAGACUUGAACAGAUCUCAGUAAAUUUGGAUCUGAAUGCAUUGCAGACCCAAGGUCCCCAAACAAGCUCUCCAGACCAGGGAUCCAUCCAGCCACCACAAGUAGAUGUGCUGCUGCUGGACCACCAGCCUGAGAGCCUACAGGACACAGAAAGUGGAGGCAGAGUAGAGGAGAAGAUUGUUUACCUCUGAUGGCUGGUUUUCCAAUCUCAGUAGCACUUUGGAGAUAUAAUCAUGUUCGCUUUUCUAAACAUCCACAAUUGCUUUCUGAAUGAUCAAAUGGCUUUAUAGUAUUUAAUUUUCAAUGCAAGAUUUUUUUUUCUGAUGAUAAAUAUAACAAUUAAGUUAUUCUGGAGCUUUUAAAAAAUAAUCUUUAAUUUAUGAUGUGAUUUCACAUGCUUUGCAAGAAGCAGUAGUUAGUAGGGGAGAUGUAACAUUCUGGAAUUGCAAAGAUGCCACCAAGAGCUGUAAAAGCUGGGGAUUGAUUUUCUCUUGAGUCUUGUUUUUGAAAGAACAAGCUGAGAGAGAUGGGCCUGCUCUUUGAGAUUUCAGAGUAUGGGUCAGUAACCUUCUAACAGUUGUGACAUAACAUGAAAAGACAGCAAUGUUAGAAUGAUGGCUAUAGUCUUUGUUGAAAUGUACUACCUUAAUUAUCAGGUUGUUUUCCUUAUCCUCUGGCUCAGGAAGUGCUCAGAAGAGGAUGAUUUUUAUAGUCUCUGUAAAUUGCAUAAAACUGCCUAAUUGUAAGUGUAUGCUUGUGUCCUGAAGCAUCUCAUUAUUUCGGUAGUAUCGCCAUUUUCUGUGCAGAGAUGCUGUAAAUCAGUUUGUUAUUGUAUUAUAACUGUAUUUGAUUUCACUAAGUGUCCUUGCACAUUAAAAUUCACCAGAUUAAACUAUCUGGUCAAAAGAAAACAAAGGGGAUAUAUAGUAGACUUUUAGUUAACUGAACCCUUCUGAAACUCUUCUUCUUUCCCAUGUAGGAGCCAACUGGGCUCUUGCUUUCAGGUUCCCGGAAUCAUUUGUGUUUUAGGCAGUAAGAAACCAUAACCUGUUCUGUGCCCUUCUGUCUUUCAGAAAUAUUUGUACACUUACCUUGAAAUAAAGUUCUGUUCAUUUCUGCAA